AUGGAAGAAUUACCGUCAUCAAUUGGUCGUCUCUCUUCACUUGUUAGUUUGGAUUUGCAGAGAUGUAAAAAGCUUAAGGGUCUCCCAAACAGCAUUUGUGAAUUGAAACGUCUUGAUACUCUACAUCUCAGGGGCUGUUCAAAUCUAGAGAAAUUGCCUCCUUUAUAUGGUUUAUGCUCUUUAAAGGAGCUAUAUCUAGAUGAUACUCCAAUGGAAGAAUUGCCGUCAUCAAUUGGUUGUCUCUCUUCACUUGUUAUUUUGAAUUUGGAGAGAUGUAAAAAGCUUAAGAGUCUCCCAAACAGCAUUUGUGAAUUGAAAUGUCUUGUGACUCUACAUCUCAGUGGCUGUUCAAAUCUAGAGAAAUUGCCUCCUUUAUAUGGUUUAUGCUCCUUAAGGGAGCUAUAUCUGGAUGGCACUGCACUCGUAAAAAUUACCCUUGACUUUUUCUCUUUAUCAUCAUUGGCAGUAUUGUUUCUAAAUGAUACUUCAAUAGAAGAAUUGCCGUCAUCAAUUGGUUAUGAAUUGAAUUUUUGUAAUUGCGUAAAUUUGGACCAAAGUGUACGUGGCACCAUUAUGGCAGAUGCUGUCCAGAGAAUUAAAGAAUUAGCCAUUGCUAGAAGUUAUCCUGGUUUUUUGGUUGGUUUACCCGGAAGCAAAAUUCCUGAGUGGUUGAGCUGUGAAGGCCCAGGACAUUUAAUAGAAACUUCGUUCCCUCCUGGUUGCUUCAAUAAUAUGUUCCUGGGUUUUGUUUUUUGUGCUAUUCUAGAAUUCAAGGCUCCUGUUUUUCAUGGGGAGAGAACCUUAGUAUGUCGAAGCCGUUUCAGAAACAAUAAUGGCUACACAGAGGCCAGUUUUACAAGUGAAUAUUUCUAUUUGGAAAAUAUCAUAGAAUCAGAUCGUGUGUUCUUUUGGUACGAUGGCUAUGACAUUUCCUUUUUAGAUUGGCUCAAACAAAAUUGUGACAUGAAGAAUAAGGCAACAUUCCACCUCCCUGAUUAUUUUAGCUGCGGCCAAAUGAGAAUGUGCGAAGUGAAAAGGUUUGGGUUCCACUUGUUAUAUGACAAAGUUGAGCUAAACAAAUACAGAGAAGCCAAUUUUCUGGAGCAAUUCAAAGAAAUAACAAAUGCUGACAAUAAGAGAAGCAGGGAAGACUUCUACUCCAGUGAUAUCAAUGGCAACCAGGAGGUGGAAACGCACCCUAAAAGAUUGAGGCAAAAUUUCUUUAUGGAAGAUUACUUUUCAAAUGCUCAGGAUGGGAUUAACUACGACGCUGCUAUGGUUCCUUCAAGUUCUUCAUGUGAAUUUGCUCCCAAAUUCUACAAGUUUCUUUGAAAUUCGUCCCUACUAAUUGUGGAGAACUAAGGAUUGCGGCUCUCUUUCCCUCGAGCUGCGUUGACAUCUUCCAAAUCUGGGCAUCAACUUUCUGAUCUGUCGGAUCUCAUUUGUUUUGGGCAUCAACUUUCUGAUUUGGCGAGUCUUACGAGCCCAUCUCUCGCGAUUUCAGUGGCGUCUUCCAGACUAACUCUACGCCAACCCCGGCCUUCUCCAUCUCGCCUCUUCCAUUUCUCUUCUUCACUCAACGAUUCUGAAGCCCUAUGGUUUUAGUAGCCUCCAAUUUCUCCCUCUCUUGCACAAACUUAAUUAGCGACUAUAAGUCUUCCAUUUCAGCUCAUUGUGUUCAAUUCUGGCCUGAUCCUCCAAAUGAGAUAUUGAGUUUCCUCACGGCAGAUGCAGUGGUAGUGACUCUAUGUUAACUCAGGAACGAAGCGCUUUGGAAUUCUAAUCAGAUUACAAGCUCUGCUUCCUCCUUCCUUCAUCAGUGAUUAGCUGCCCAAGUUAGUGACCAUCCAUCCUAUUUUGACUACUCUUCGACAGUUUCUGUGGCUGAUUUGUUGAAAUGGCACAAGCCUGCUUCGGGAUUCUUGAAAUGCAAUACAGAUGCUUCCUCCUGUCUGCAUCAUAACAAAAUUGAGCAGGUUGGGUUCUCUGUGAUUGGAGAGGACAGCUGAUUAAGGCUUGCUAAAUUGAGCUUCUUGGUCCAUCUAAUCCGAAAAUCACUGAAGCUCUCUCUCUCCAAGAAGCUCUUAGCUUGAUUGAUGGAAGGGGUAUGCAUAUCGCCUAAUUUGUUAACUUAUUCAACCUUGAUUGAAUGCUGAUGUUGUUCCUUAUCCUGCACUUAUGGAUGCCCAGUGCAAGAAUUGUUAAGUGAAAUCUGCUGUGACUUUAUUUGAUGAGAUAACUAAGUAGGGAAUCAAGCCUAAUGUUGUCACUUAUAAGGCAACUCAAGAAAAUUACAGUGGCAAGCAGGAAAUUUUGUCCAUCUUCCAUACUUGCAGUUGCGUAAAAUGCAGCAAUUGUUGUCGUUUUCUAUAAUAAGAUUACUGCCAUGUUGUGAAUGUUUAAAAAUGAGAACAUGCAAUAUUUACACUGUAAUUUUGGUGCAUUUGCAUCUAAGGAAAAUUACAGGAAAAGUACUCCUGUAAUUUUAAUAUUAUUUUAAGUUCAGAAUUAGCAGGGUUAA